AAAUGACGUCACAGACAAUUCUUACAAUACAUCCUGCUGAACCUAUAUAAAUAUCAUAACAAAUGCCAUUAUUAAACGUAUCCAAGGAUGGUACCUGUCACAUUUGUCUUCGUGGCAGGAAAGUAAAACGAGAAAUCCAGGACCAUUCAGGACAAGGGCUGCAGCUACACCAAACUUUGGAUACUUCCUUCAAAAGAAGGUUCCUUUCCUAUGAUUUACCCCAGGACCUACUUCAUCUAUUAACACUCAAUUUAAACAGCUUUUCCUUGAGCGUUAUUUCUGCCGGACUGAGUGGCCAUGGAGAGAACAGGACCACCCUCUCCGACCUACAAGCACCCGUUCGUCCACGAGGUCAAACUGACCACAUCUCAAAGGCUUCAGAGUAUCAUCAUGGGAUGUGUCCUCUUCCCCAUUCGCAUCACACUCGCCAUCCUCUUCUUCCUGCUCAUGUGGCCCAUCGCUCGUCUCCAACAAGUAGGAUUGUCACAGGAAGAGCGGGCGAAACCAGUCCAAGGCUGGAGACUAUGGAUUUUGCAUCCCAUCAUGAUCUUCCUAAGUCGGUCCGUGUUCUUUUCCAUGGGCUUCCUCUGGAUAAAGGUCAAAGGUCGACAGGCUACACAGAAAGAGGCCCCUGUGUUGGCCGUGGCCCCCCACAGUGGCUUUCUAGACAUGCUGGUACUCAGCUUAGUAGGACUCCCUACGGUGGUGUCGCGGUCUGAAAAUGCCAACCUGCCAGUUAUUGGAGCCCUUUUGGAGUUUAACCAGGCCGUGUUAGUUAGCCGGAAGGAUCCCGAGUCGAGGAGGAAGUGCGUGUCUCAGAUCAAAGAAAGACUUACUUCCAAUGGUUACUGGCCUCAGAUGCUAAUGUUUCCUGAAGGAACCACCACAAAUGGUAAAGUCCUCAUCAAAUUCAAGCCUGGUGCAUUCUUGGCAGGUGUUCCAGUUCAGCCAGUGCUGCUUCACUACCCUAAUGAAAUAGACACUGUGCGCUGGACUUGGAAAGGAGCAUCAUGGCUUGAUUGUCUGUGGUACACCGCGGCUCGGCUCUAUACCAACGUUACAGUGGAGUUCCUGCCUGUCUACACGCCCUCUCAGGAGGAAAAGGACAACCCGGAGCUAUUCGCAGAUAAUAUUCAGAAACUCAUGGCCAAAGCUCUGGGUGUUCCCGCUACAGACUAUGUGUUGGAGGGUUUUUUUCCUGUUACAAAAUUAGGUGGUCUUUCUCUUCCUCUCGAGUCUCCUUCUAAGGAAACACUGAAAAUGCUCAAACGUAAAGGUUUAAGCAAAGCUCAAGUGGAGACUUUAAUUAACACAAUGAUUGACAGAUGUCACUCAGGACAGGUUACGAUCACUGUGGAACAAUUGACUUCCUUGUUGGGACUUGACAACAGAAAGACAGCUGCACAAAUCUGUUCCUUUUACUCCAAGAGUGAAACACUGGACCUGAGGCAGUUGUGUUUAAGCUUGUGUACAGCUGCAGAACUCAGAACACCGGAGUCUCUCCUUCACACUGCGUUCAUGAUGUACAACAGUAAUGGUGAAGGAUUGUUAAGUGCAGAAGAUCUCUCCGGGCUUAUAGCAGCACUGGUGGGAGUUGCACAAUACAGCAUUGCAGAGAUGUACUCGGAAUUGACCAAUAGAGGACCGCCAACUGAACGCGCAUUGUAUGACUUGUUAACGACACACCCAACGUAUCAGAAGUUCUUCAAGGAAUAUUUGGAGCAGAAAAAACCAAAGCUAACGGAGGACAGAAAUCACAACGGCAUUCCGAACGGAAAGACCAGUCGCAAUAACGACGGCAAUCGGGACAGACACGGAAUGAACCAAAAGUGUGACUGAAGACGGAUUCGUUUGAAUGAUAUUCUGUAUUUUAAUAGUAAAACUGGCACCUUUUUAUUAUGUCUACACAGUAUCCACAAUAAUGGCUGUUUUAUGGUUUGUUUGUUUUUAAGCAAAGACUGUAUGUUUGUGUGCGUUUUAGUAUACAUUUAAUGUUUACAGGUCUGUAUGAUGGACUCGUAUGUGGGUUUGUUUAUUUCUGUGGUGUUUGUUUUUUUUUUUUUUAAUUCUUUUUAUUUAAUUUUUUUCAAAAGCCAGUAGUACACUGUAAAAAGCCACUAUGCUCUCAGAACCUUAGUGCCUUGGUACUUUUUUUACUGUGUUUCUUUUUUAAAACCUAAGCUGAAGGAUUUUUUUUCGUGUGAACCUAAGGAUUUCAUACAAACAAUACAGUCGAACUAUUUUAAAUUUUAAUAUAUUAAAGUUGUAAAUAAACACUUCAUAAAAUUCAA